AUGAUUCGAAGGCUGUGGGCCCCCUCGCUGCGCUGGCGCAGCAGCCGCAGCCUCGGGCUGGCCCUCGCCACCAGCGGCUGCUUGUCUUGGGUGGCAGUGGCGAAGUUUAGAGAGGCUUUGUUUGUGACGGGCAACGCAGCAGAUGUGCAGUCCCCCAACAAGCUGUUUUGCCUGCGGCUGGUGUUUGGCCGCGCCCGCUCGCGGCUGCUGGGGCGUUUAAUGUCGCCAAGUGCAGCAGCAGACAGCCGCUACCCCCUCGAAGCUUACGAGUCGUUUGGGCAGCUCUUUUGCCGCACUUUGAGAGACAGGGCUCGCGAGGUGAUGGACCUUUCCCCCCUGGCGAUGGUGCGCUAG